UGUGAAGUGAAUGUUGUGUUUGUGAUGACAAUCACUGAUCCAAACAUCACUUGAAAUGCAGUGAAAUGUGUGUCAAUUUGAUGAUCACUUAUAAACAAGUGGUUCACCGAUGGAUGUCUUCCACCAUAAGAAUGGCCUCAAAGAGCACUCACUUUGGCUUCGAGAGCGUCACCACCGAUGAGAAGUCACACAAAGUGAACCAGGUCUUCACAUCCGUGGCACCAAACUAUGAUCUCAUGAAUGAUGUCAUGAGUUUAGGUAUUCAUAGGUAUUGGAAGAGAGAACUGAUCCGAAAGUUGGAUCCAAUGAAAGGGACGGUUCUGUUGGACAUGUGCGGCGGCACUGGAGAUAUCGGACAGGAGUUUGUCACUCAUAUGAGACAUCGGUUUCCUAAUGACAAUCAAUUCAAAGUCAUUGUCUGUGAUAUCAACCAACAGAUGCUAAAAGUGGGCCAAAACAGAGCCAAACAAAGUCUGUCUCCGAGUGCUUGCGAUCGCAUGGAAUGGGUUUCAGGCGAUGCCAUGGAAUUGCCGUUUGAAGACAACCGGUUCGACGCCUACACCGUUGGCUUCGGCAUCAGGAAUGUGGUCGACAUCGAGAAGGCCUUAUCAGAGGCCCAUCGGGUGCUCAGAAGAGGCGCUAUGUUUGCAUGUCUUGAGUUCUCUCAACUCCAGAACCCAUUGCUGUCCAAACUCUAUGACUUCUAUUCGUUUGAAAUGAUUCCCGUUUUGGGCGAAGUCUUUGCCAAAGACUGGAAGUCUUAUCAAUAUUUAGUGGAAAGUAUUCGUCAGUUUCCCGACCAAAAGGAGUUCCAAUCCAUGAUAGAGAGCGCGGGCUUUGGGUUCGUCGAGUACACCAACUUCUUCGGGGGAAUCGCUGCCAUUCACUGCGCCUACAAGAAGUGAACGCAACCUACCGGUGCCUUAUAUGCCGCAAUCGAUAUGAUUGUAAAUUACAUUAAAUACAAAAUAAAACAAUUUUGGCGACAA